CGCCGACCAUGUGCGCUGCCGUGGUACCCUCUCCAGAUAAAGUCGGCGGACGCUGCCAAGAAGGAGAUGGUUAGACUAUGAAAAACCCGGCCCGUCUAGGGAAGUCCUCUAUUGUUCGCUAUCAAGAAUUCCUCGUGUUGUCCCAUCCUGACUCCUAAGUCCGUUGUUUUCGGUUCGAAGAUGCACUGGAGCUCUGUUCUGCUUGCGGCCGCGGCCCUGGCGCCCGGCGCCAACUCAGCGGCCACGCUGCGCUUCUCAUGCGCUCAGCUGGUUGUGGACCGCCUAGACCCUCUCGUCAACCCCGGGAUGGCACCCUCUCCGCAUCUCCACCAGAUCGUCGGCGGCAACGCCUUCAACGUCACCAUGGACCACCAGGCGCACGACAUAGCCUCGACAGCGACGUGCACCAGCUGCAUGCCCACCGAGGACUUCUCCAACUACUGGACGGCCGUGCUCUUCUUCCGGGCCCGCAACGGCACCUACAAGCGCGUCAACACCAUGGGCAACGGCCUGGGCUACACGGGCUCCAACGGCGGCCAGACGGUCUACUACCUCUCCAACGGCAAGGUCACCGCCUUCCGGCCGGGCUUCCGCAUGAUCGUCGGGAACCCGGCCUACCGCACCGAGGCCGAGGCGCGCAGGAACCCGGCGCUGCAGUUCACCUGUCUCGACAGCCCCAUGACGCGCACGGGGUACCGCUACUCGUUCCCGACGACGCCGUGCAAGGCCGGCAUCAUGGUGACGGUGCGCUUCCCGACGUGCUGGGACGGUAAGAACGUCGACAGCCCGGACCACAGCUCGCACGUGGCCUACCGCCAGGGCAACAGCUGCCCGUCGACGCACCCGGUCGCCAUCCCGGAGGUCUUCUACGAGACCUACUGGGACACGCGCCCGUUCAACGACAAGUCGCUGUGGCCCGAGGACGGGUCGCAGCCGUUCGUGUGGUCGUUCGGCGACAGGACGGGCUACGGCAACCACGGCGACUACGUCUUUGGCUGGAAGGGCGACGCCCUGCAGCGCGCCAUGGACGCCAACUGCCAGAGCGAUCUGUUCAGUGACCGCGUCAACUGCCCGACCCUCAAGCUCCAGUCGAUCCAGGACACCAACCGGUGCACCAUCCAGCGCCGCGUCCGGGAGGAUAUCGAUGGUUGGCUGAAGGAGCUGCCUGGUGCCUCGAUGCAGGGUAUGUUGUGAGGAACCGGGUCCAAUGUCGCGUUGGAAAUGCGCUGUCCAGGGGGGAAUCGGGAGGCGGAUGGUCAAGAACUAGUACCACUAGUAGUAGGUAGUAGGUAAGGGGUAGACUCGAGCUGUGCUACCGGCCUCUGCAGCUCAUGUUCAUAGUACUACCUUUCGUAUACUUAUCAUGCUAAAAAGAGAUUCAUC